AUGAAAGGCGGACUUGGAAGUGUUUUUGUUAAUAUGGAGCUCCACAUUAUGGAAGACGGCAAGUUCCUUCCACUGGGCCGACGCCCGCUCUACACCGCCGGCGACUGGCGCCACCACCGCUCCUCGCGCCGCCACCUCCGCCACCUCCUCUCCAGCCUCUCCUCGCGCGUCAUCCUCUCCCUCAUCCCCCCCGUCUUCGCCCUCACCGCCGUCGCCGCCGCCAUCGCCAUCUACAACUACGCUGCCUCGGCCGGGUGGCUCCCCGGGGGAGUGUUCCCCGUCCUCAGGGCUUCGUCGCUGCCCUACCAGCUCACGGCCCCCGCGCUUGCGCUCCUGCUCGUGUUCCGGACAGAGGCCUCCUACUCUAGGUUCCAGGAGGGGAGGAAGGUGUGGAUGCAAGUGAUUGCAGGAGCCAAUGAGCUAGCGGGGUUGGUGAUGUCAGCGAAGGAAAGGGAUGGCAUCAGGCGGGCGAUCUUGAACUACAUUAUGGCGUUUCCUGUUGCUCUAAAGUGUCAUGUUAUUAAUGGCUCAGAUGUGAGAGCAGAUCUGCAAAAUUUGCUUGAAGAGGAUGAUUUAGCGGUAGUUGUGAGAUCCAAGCACCGACCCCGCUGUGUUCUUGAUUUUAUUUCUCAAGGCCUUCAGAUUUUACACUUCGAAGAACAUAAGAGAGACAUCUUGGAAUCAAAACUGUCCUGUUUCUAUGAAGGCAUUGGUGUUUGUGAACAGCUCAUAGGCAUUCCAAUUCCUCUUUCAUAUACAAGGUUAACUUCACGAUUUCUUGUCCUUUGGCAUCUUACGCUUCCAAUUAUACUGUGGGACGAGUGCAACUGGAUUGUUGUCCCUGCUACUUUCAUCAGUGCAGCCACUUUAUUCUGCAUCGAAGAAGUUGGUGUUCUUAUCGAAGAGCCAUUCCCCAUGCUCUCCCUUGACGAGCUCUGCGUACAGCUCCAAAAUAACAUCCGAGAGGCAAUGGCAAUGGAGAGUUCGGUUCAGAUGAGAAUACAUGCCAAGAUGAAGGGACAGUCUGUCAACGGCUGGCCCAGUUCCAAGAACGAACGGGGAUGAACGGCAAUCGCUAAACAAGACUCGUGCUUAUUUGUUGGAGGGAAGUGCCUCGAAUAUCUUUGAAACUACACAGAACAAUCAUUUGCAGAGGAGAAAGUUUGCCAAGAAUACAUGAACCUUUAGCUUUACGGGUUCUUGAUGUAAAUAACCAAAUAGCUGAAAUUUUUUCGCGGAAGACCUGUCAAUUGGCACUGAAGAAAGAGUAGCUGGCUGAGAUAAGCCUUUGGAGCUGCGCAAACAAUUGCUUUACGAUUGGCAAAUAAACAGCAUAUACAAAGAAGAGGAUGGUGAUUAGAGGAGCAACCGAGAUGAUCUGAUUUUGUAUCAUAGAUGUAGGAAGGAGAAUUUCAAAGCUGUCAUAUGGAGCUGAUUUUGCAUGAACAGCUCAUUAUGUAAUUGAGCUGAAACAAAAUCUUAAUAGAUGUAUUAUUUUUGUAAGGAACCUUUCUUGUAUAUAUUUGUACAUACUGUGAAUAAAAUAUGGGUUGGAUUAUGUGGUUC